CCUCUCUCUCUCUCUGUUGUUACUCUGGAUCUCAGCUCAGAAGAAGAGACACAAGUGGAUCACGAUGGGAAAACACGACCCUGGACGUCUCGCUGCGAUAGUCGUGUCUGUCGUCUUCUUCGUUAUAAGUCUGGUGUUCAACGGCCUCUCUGUAGUUGGAGUGGUUCCAUUUCAAACCACUACGGCCAGCAUUUCUGCGUGGUUUGACACCGAGCUCACGCCUUCAGGAUGGACCUUCUACAUCUGGACCGUUAUCUACAUCUGGCUGAUGGCGAUGGUUGUCUACAUCCUUACUGGCCUCUGCAGAAAGAAUGCAUAUGGAUAUGUUUACUGCAGCCCGGCUGUGCUGCCUUAUGGAUUCUUCGUUAGCUGGUGUUUGAAUAUGGGUCUCAAUAUUGGUUGGCUGCUUGUUUGGGACAGAGGCAUGAUGAUUGCUGCACUGGUGUUACUCAUCUUGGUCAUCAUCACAAACUACGCCAUGAUAGGCUUCGUCUGCCACGGGGUUCAUACUUAUGGACCUUGGCUGAAGAAACACCACAACCUAGACCUGUGGCUCAUCCGUGUGUUGAUUCUGAAUGGAGUGAUGAUCUACACGACAUGGACAACCAUCGCGACACUCAUCAACCUGACCAUCGUGUUGUCUUCCAAUGCAAAUAUGUUCCCACCAGACGCCGCCACCCUCUCGUACACUGUUUUGGGCGUUGUGAUGAUAGUUUGGUAUAUUCUGGAGAACUUUGUCCUGGACAAGCAUGUGCGGUACAUACUUAUCACCUACCCUGUCGUGAUCUGGGCGCUGUCUGGAAAUCUGAACAAAAACUUUGAUGCUACAUCACCCUCUGACAAUGGCAUCUUCAUUGCUGCGCUGCUGGGCUUGGCUAUUGCUGUGUUUAUCCUGCGGCUUGGUCUGGUGAUUUGGAGACACAUCAAGCAGCCACUGUACGAAGAUGCAAAUCCUGAAGCGAUGGCGAUUGCAGAGAAGAAGAAAAAUAUAUUUUUCUGAGUGUUUUCAGGAUAGAACGCAAGUGACGUGUAAAGGUUUAUCAUAGAAGAUUAUGUUGUGACAUUGUAUGCUAUUAUUAUUCAGGGUUUUUAAGACUUUCAUGGAAGAUUUAGAAUAUGUAAUACUACUACUACUACUACUACUAAUAAUAAUAAUAAUAAUAAUAAUAACAAUAAAUUAACCAUUAAAAUAUACCUGCAUAGUUCAGAUCAGUUCUCCUUAUGUCAAGCUUUUCAACUGGCUGAACUAUGAGCCUUUUUAUAGCUGUUUCCUAACUCUCUCAUGAGGCACUGAUAAGGAGACGAAAAGGACAAAGAUGCAGAAAUGUUGUUAUCAACCACUUGUGUGUUAAACAAUAAAAAUAUCCAUUGUGGGAUUAUCUUGAAAUUUCUUUUUUUUUUUUAUUCUUUAUUUUGUUGUUGUUCCAAAGCUAACUGUUUUAAUCUUAUGUUGACAUACUGUAUUUAUUGAAAUAAAGCACAAAUCAAGUC